CGGGGGGACAUGACCGAGAUGGCGCCCGAAGGUGUUGCGUGUACCGGAAAAGAGGCUCUUUUUUCUUUCUCCCCAGGCGCCAGUUAGAGGUUGAGAGUUUUUCAUUGUACUGUUGAUUCCUUCUCCUUCACUUGUUACUCUCUUCUGUUGUCAGUCCAACGUCCUCAUCGACUUUUACAUAACGGAUACUCGAUUCAGAGGUUAAUUGACAAUGCUCUCUCUGCGUCAUUCAUCUAAGCGUGCUCUUCGUGCUGCUGCUGCCACGAACAAGAGAACACAGCUUUCUUUCUCCACAUCAGCUGUUGCUAAGCUCGCCCACAGUGUCGGUGGUGACAUCAAAGGUGAGAACGCGGCUCGUGGUGUGGCGGACAACUACCACAUCAUCGACCACGAGUACGACUGUUUGGUGAUUGGUGCUGGUGGUGCUGGUUUGCGUGCUGCGUUUGGUUUGGCCAAUGCUGGUUACAAGACUGCUUGUAUCUCCAAGCUUUUCCCAACCAGAUCGCACACUGUUGCUGCUCAAGGUGGUAUCAACGCCGCUCUUGGUAACAUGCACAAGGAUGACUGGCACUGGCACAUGUAUGACACCGUCAAGGGUUCUGACUGGCUCGGUGACCAAGAUGCUAUCCACUACAUGACCAGAGAGGCUCCACAAUCCAUCAUUGAGUUGGAGCACUACGGUGUCCCAUUCUCAAGAACCGAGGAGGGAAGAAUCUACCAAAGAGCCUUCGGUGGUCAAUCUAAGGAGUACGGUAAGGGUGGUCAAGCCUACAGAACAUGUGCUGUUGCUGACAGAACCGGUCACGCCUUGUUGCAUUCUCUUUACGGUCAAGCCUUGAGACACAACACACACUUCUUCAUCGAGUUCUUCGCUUUGGACUUGUUGAUGGACAACGGCGAGUGUGUCGGUGUUAUGGCUUACAACCAAGAAGAUGGUACUUUGCACAGAUUCAGAGCUCACAAGACUGUUAUUGCUACUGGUGGUUACGGUCGUGCCUACUUCUCUUGUACUUCUGCCCACACAUGUACUGGUGAUGGUUUCGCCAUGGUGUCCCGUGCUGGUUUGCCAUUGCAAGAUUUGGAGUUCAUUCAAUUCCACCCAUCUGGUAUCUACGGUUCCGGUUGUUUGAUCACAGAAGGUGCUCGUGGUGAAGGUGGUUUCUUGAUCAACUCUGAGGGUGAACGUUUCAUGGAACGUUACGCUCCACAUGCGAAGGAUUUGGCUUGUAGAGAUGUUGUUUCCAGAGCUAUUACCAUGGAGAUCAGAGCUGGCCGUGGUGUUGGUCCAGAGAAGGAUCACAUGUCAUUGCAAUUGUCCCAUCUUCCAGCUGAAGUGUUGAAGGAGCGUCUUCCAGGUAUCUCUGAGACCGCUGCUAUCUUUGCUGGUGUUGAUAUUACAAAGGAGCCAAUUCCAAUUUUGCCAACUGUUCACUACAACAUGGGUGGUAUCCCAACUAAGUGGAAUGGUGAAGUUUUGACCCUUGACGAGGAAGGAAAGGACAAGGUUGUUCCAGGUUUGUUGGCCUGUGGUGAAGCUGCCUGUGUUUCCGUUCACGGUGCCAACAGAUUGGGUGCUAACUCCCUUUUGGAUUUGGUUGUCUUUGGUCGUGCUGUUGCCUUGACUAUUGCUGACACUUUGCAACCAGGUUUGCCACACAAGCCACUUCCAGCCGAUUUGGGUAAGGAGAGUAUUGCUAACUUGGACAAGCUUAGAAACGCUAGCGGUCCAAGACCAACUGCUGACAUUCGUCUUGCUAUGCAAAAGACCAUGCAAAAGGAUGUUUCUGUCUUCAGAACUCAAGAAUCUUUGGAGGAUGGUGUUAGAGGUAUCACAGCUGUUGAUAAGACCUUCCCAGAGGUUGGUACAUCAGACCGUUCUAUGAUUUGGAACUCUGACUUGGUUGAGACUUUGGAAUUGCAAAACCUUUUGACCUGUGCUGUUCAAACUGCUGAAUCUGCUGUUGCCAGAAAGGAGUCUCGUGGUGCUCACGCCAGAGAGGAUUAUCCAGAGAGAGAUGAUGUUAACUGGAUGAAGCACUCUCUUUCAUGGCAAAAGGAGAACGGUGCUGACGUCGAGUUGAACUACAGAGCAGUCAUCAGCCAUACCCUUGAUGAGAAUGAGUGUAAGUCUGUUCCACCAGCUGUCAGAGCUUAUUGAAGUAGGUUAAUGUUUCAGUCAAUCUAUAUCUACUUACACAUACUGGAGGAUUGAAGCGGAGCUUGGAGAAGUGGGAGGAAAAGAAUCAUUAGGGGGUUCUCAUCAUGCAUUUUGUUAAUUGGAUUAUUUGUUUUUACUUUUUU